AUGGUCGGUCAUGCAGAUAGUAUUUAUUGCCUCCAAUUUGACACUCAGAAAAUCGUCACUGGCAGCCGUGAUCGGACCAUUAAGUUUUGGGAUGUCGAAACAGGACAAUGCUUGCAUACAUUAACCGGUCAUCGGGCUAGUGUUCUGUGUCUCCAAUAUGACGACGACAUCCUUGUUAGCGGUUCGUCCGAUCGCACCAUCAUCGUAUGGGAUAUGCACACCCACGAAAUUAUCCACACUAUGCACGGUCAUGCAUCUGGCGUUCUCGAUGUCGGGUUUGACGACAAACAUAUCGCCAGUUGUUCAAAAGAUGCGACUAUUCGGCUGUGGGCACGAGACGAUGGUCGACUGUUACGAACGUUGGAAGGGCAUCGUGGCCCAGUGAAUGCGAUACAACUGAAAGGAAAUCGACUGGUCUCGGCAUCUGGCGAUGCCGUCAUCAAAAUGUGGGACGUCGAAACGGGCGAAUGUCUUCGCGAUUUCAUAGGUCACACCCAUGGUUUGGCAUGCAUUCGAUACGAUGGCAAGCGUAUUGUGAGCGGCAGCAACGAUCAUAAAGUUAAAGUGUGGGAUGCAGAUACAGGGGAAUGCAUUCUCGUCUGUGAAGGUCAUACGGGAUUAGUACGAGCUCUGCACUUUGACGACAAAAAGAUUGUUAGCGGAAGUUACGAUCAAAGCAUUCGCGUGUGGGAUAUUGAAACCGGCGCAUGUUUACUCAACUAUCAAUCAUGUCAUUCCAGCUGGGUGUUUGAUGUCUCAUUUGACGAGACAAAAAUCAUCAGUGCGAGCCAAGACCGAAAAAUCAUCAUCAUGAACUUUGCAUAUAACAUUGACUCUACACAUAUCAUUUGA